AAAAGUUCGCCAGAGUAUAAAAACGUCGAUACAAUUUGUCAUGAAUAACUUAAAAUUCAAGAUUUUCGCGCAUAAAAUUAUGACGCGCGCUGUGUGUGCGGCGGCGUAAUUCGCUACUCGUAUAGCCGUCUCGCUUCUUCUUGUGUGUGCUUUACCGUUGCUGACCGCUUCAAGAACAUUGCUGCUCACACACACGUCAGUCUGUGGCAAACAAUUGGAGGGGGAGGAUGUGUCGGUUUGCUCCAGAAAUCGUGUGUGAUUUUGGUGUUCUGGAUUUGGUUCCAUCCCUGUUUGUUUUGGUGAAUUUGAAAAGGUAAGACUCAUAGACCGAUGUAAAAGUGUGAGAGUAAAGUGAUGUUGAUGGUGACUGAUGCUUUUAUUUGUUUCUUUUCCUGCUUUCAUCCACUGAUGGUGUCGAGCAUCGCCGAGGAUGUGAUCGAAUGCGGAAUAUUCGAAACGAGGAGAUUCAUUCCGGAUUUUGUUUGCAAUAAGCGCUGAACUAAUCCUCCAGCUUACAGGACGGCAAAGGUACACGCACAAACGUGCACACAUCAGCCUUCUCGGAGAACGAGAACACGGGAGGGGGAGACCGGCAACGUAUAGAACCUUUACGUCCAAGCUACACGUACCGGACGACAUCGGACGAUGCCAUAAAUCCGUUAAUGCCAACUGUCAAAUCCCAUACAAAAUCGGCCUGCUGUGAUCCGACACGGCCCGGCCCGACGCGAAUCUCUUGUCUGCGGUCCUACGUUUUAUGGCAUCGUCCGAUGUCGUCCGGCACGUGUAGCUUGGCCGUUACGCUCCCUCGUGCGUUCGUGCGUGCGUGCGCGCGCGCGUCUAUGUGUGUGUAUGUGUGUGCAUGCCUGCGUGCGUGGCUGUGUGUGUUUUUGACGCUUCGCAUAACGAGAUCCUACGGGAUCACCUUGCGAAAAACACCAAGAGAGGGGGAAGGGUAGGUAUGUGUGUAUGUGUGUGUGUAUGUGUGCUUGCAUGCGUACGUGGUUGUGAGUGUGUUUUUUGCUGUUUCGCGAUCUCCUACGGAAUCAAAAGGGGGUGGGGGGGAAACACGAGGGGGGGGGAGGAGUGAGGUGUGUGUUUGUGUGCUAGCCUGCAUGCGUGCGUGGUUUUGUGUGUGUGUGUGUUUUUGCGUUCGCGUUCUCCUACGGGAUCACCUUGCGAAAAACACCAUGGGGAGGAGAAGGUGUGUGUGUGUGUUUUCUCUUCUUUGUCGUUUCGCACUCUCCCGUGGGUCUCCUUGUGUGCGUUAGUUUUUUUGUUUUUCAAGAAGAAAAAAAAAUACUUCGAAAAAUACCAGUGGGGAGGGUGUGUGUAUGAAUGAAAGAAUGUGCUUAGAAAAAGAAAGUAGAAAAUAAAAAAAAUAUUGAACCGACGGAUUCGUAAGCGUGUUUGAACUCAUUGCUAUCCGAAAAAAAGCGAGGGGGGGCUCUUGAAAUGUAAUACACAUGUAUGCAACAUGUAUCGUGUCGCCGCGACGGUGUAUCUCGCUCAAUCCGUUAAGCCUGAAAAGUGCUUCUAUCGGAUCGUCUAAUCGGGCGCCAUUUAAUCAAUCCGUUAGCGAAAAGUCGCAUGGAUUUUGGUACCGGGGAAGUGUCGCGAGUGUCCCGUCCCGAGUGCAUUGUUCUCCAUACGCACCGACGUGUUUCCCUUGCAUCGUGAACCCGCAUCGCUACAGAGGAUCGAGCCGCGGGUUACAUCGCCGUCCCCAAAGAGAAGGAAGAGCAACGAUCCCAUCGUUCCAGCCCGGACAAAAGAAAGCGCUCCUUGUAAAGCCGUUGACAGCCGCCAUUUUGCACGUUCGACGCCAUUGACAGCCGCCAUUUUUGUCUCGCUGAAGUAAGCCCAACUCCCGACUACCACGUCACUUCUUUUGUUCUCGCUUCUCGUGAAACCACGUGCUCGCAAGCGAAUAAAAGAUGAUGCAACAUAGUCCAGAACGUCAACCCGCUCCCCAAGCGGCAACGCACGAUGCACCUCCGGUGAACACGGAGAGAACUGGCACGUCCCAAGCAACAAAUGCCAUGACAGCAGCAGAAACGGCAAGUGAUCCUCGAGUGGAAGCAACACAGGCCGUUCGACUGAGUGUACCCGAAAUGGACCUGCACAAUUUGCCUGCGUACUUUUGUGCACUGGAGCAUUGGUUCGCCGCGACCGGAAUCACCGCCAAAAUGGACCAUAAGCGCUACCACGUAUUGAUGGCUCAAAUUCCUCUUCGAGUGUAUAAUGAGAUCCAGCCGAUAAUCGAGAAUGUACCUGCGACGGAACGGUACAAUUACAUCAAGCGGAACAUCCUCCAGCAUUUCGGGGAAUCCCAGCGUAGCCGCCUCCAUCGUCUUCUAUACGGCAUGGACUUAGGGGACCGCAAGCCAUCCCAGCUGCUAGCUGAAAUGCACCGAGCCUCCAGCGACACGUUGGCCAGUACGCUCCUCACCGACCUUUGGAUCAACAAGCUUCCGCCACAUGUGCAAUCGGCCGUCGUUGCUGCACCCGGAAGUGUAACUGAGAAAGCUGCCGUCGCCGAUACGAUGGUGGAGUGCCUGUCCGCAUCCAACAACGCCAGUGUGCACCAUGCCGUAGCCGGGGUGCGCACCACACCCAACGAUUUCGAGCAACGCAUUUCGCGCCAGGUGGACGAACUCACACAGCAACUCAACGACUUCAUCACAGAGUGUCGUAACCGUGAACAACGCCAAAGUCGACCGCGCCCACGUCCACCAGUGUCAUCUCGUGUCGGUACAGAACCAUCUGAAGGAGAGUGCUACUACCAUCGACGUUACGGAACAGCCGCCCGGACCUGCCGCCAGCCCUGUUCGUUUCCAGCCCCUGUCAGCCAGCGCGUCGGCCAGCCGUCAUCUUCAGCCUGAGGACACGCUGGAGAUAUCGGAUCGCAGGUGGCUACCAUCUCACCUGUGAGCAGUCGGUUGAUGGUGAUCGACCGACGAACCAACCAGCGUUACCUGAUCGAUACUGGUGCCGAUGUCUCCGUGUUACCGAAGCCAGCCAACUACACCCCCCCGACGCCGUCCACCAUGCGACUGUUUGCAGCCAACGGUACUCCGAUCAUGGUAUUUGGUGAGUCCCUCCGUACACUUGAUUUUAGUUUACGCCGCCCUUGAUUUUAGUUUGUGUGGAAUU